AUGCGUGCCUCUUGCACCCUGCCCUAUGCGUGCUCGUGCUGCUCCUCAUCCCCUUGUGAAGACGCGGUCAUGCUGUACAUGUUGUAUCUGAGCAAGGAGGAGCUGCAGAUGUUCAAGCAGGGUUUAGUGAAUGAGAUCACUUCUGGCUCUUUCCACAUUGCCUGGGACCAUCUGGAGACAGCCCACUGGGCAGAGAUGGUCCAUUUCUUGAUAGAGAACUUCCCCGGACGGAAAGCUUGGGAUGUGACGCGCGACAUCUUUGCCAAGAUGAACCAGGACAAUAUGUCUUUUCUGGUACGACGGGAGCUAAAUGACAUUCUCCCUACCCUGGAACCGGAGGACAUGCAUCCUAGAGAACCACAAAUGAACCUGGAGGAAGAAUCUGGUGAACUGCAGAAGUACAAAUUGCACGUGAUAGAAAAGUAUUUACCCAUAUGGAACAGUACCACUUGGCCUAGAAACCAAAGGGACUUCUUGUACCAAGACGUAGGCAGACACGAGACGUAUUUACCAUGUCUAUUUCUACCCAAAAGACCUCAAGGCAGACAGCCCAAGACUGUGGUCAUACAGGGAGUUCCUGGGGUAGGAAAAACAACCCUGGCCAAAAGGAUAAUGAUGGAGUGGGCGGGGAACAAGUUCUACGCCCACAAGCUCUGGUACGUUGUCUACUUCCACUGCGAGGAGGUGAACCAGGCAGCAGGGCAAAGCUUCUUGGAGCUGCUUGAGAACAAGUGGCCCGAGUCUCAGGCACUUGUCUCGAAGAUCAUGUCCUCGCCAGACCAACUUCUGCUGCUCUUUGAUGGCUUUGAGGAAUUCCCAACGACCUUCAUAGAAAAGCCUGACAAGCUGAGUGACGACUGCACCCAGAAACUGCCUGGCUCCGUUAUUCUGAGCAGUUUGUUGAGCAAGAGAAUGCUCCCCGAAGCCACGCUGCUGAUCAUGAUACGACCCACCUCCUGGCAGGUGUGCAAAUCCAUGCUGAAAUGUCCUUCUCGUGUAGCACUGCCAGGGUUUGAUACCAGAGAGAAAAUCAAGUAUUUCAGGACCUAUUUUGGAAACACGAGGGAGGGCCGUGCAGCCCUGAGUUUUGCGCUGGAAAACACGAUUCUCUUUUCCAUGUGCCAGGCGCCUGCGGUGUGCUGGGUGGUUUGCUCCUGUCUGAAGCAGCUAGUGGAGAGAAGUGAAAACCUCACGCAGGUGUGUCCCAACGCCACAACUGUGUUUGUCCAGUAUCUUUCAGGCCUGUUUGCAACUGGAGCUGAGAACCUCUCCAGGAAGAUGCAGCAAGAACAACUGGAAAGCCUGUGUCACUUGGCCUCACGGGGCAUGUGGUGCAGGAAAUGGGUGUUUAAUACGGAAGACCUCAGAAAGGCCAAGGUGGAUGAGGCUGGAGUCGCCGCUCUUCUCAGCGUGAAUAUCCUCCGGAGGGUGGAAAGCAAGGAAGAUCACUAUGCCUUCACCCUCUUGAUUUUCCAGGAAUUUUUUGCUGCCUUGUUUUAUGUUCUCUGUUUCCCACAAAGACUCAAAACCUUUCACGCGUUGACGCGUAUGGACAUCCGGCGCCUGGUGGCAAGUCCCAGAGGAAACAACGAUCUUGCUCACAUGGGGCUUUUUCUAUUUGGCCUUUUAAAUGAGGUGUGCAUGUCGGUCGUGGCACAGUCCUUCAGAUGCAGGCCGUCCUGGUGCAACAAGAAGAAACUGUUCAAAGUUCUGCCCUGGUUGCAUAAGAGUCACCCACUGUCUCCGUGCUGCGGGGUCCCACAGUUGUUCUGCUGUCUGCACGAAAUCCAGGAGGAAGACUUCGUGAGACAGGCCCUGGAUGGUUAUCAUAAAGCUAUCUUGAGAAUCAACAAGGAUACAGACAUUCAAGUAUCUGCUUUUUGCCUCAAGUACUGUCGAAAUUUGCAGGAGAUGGAACUGACUGUCACCCUGAACUUCAUGAAUGGGCAGAAUUCCAGCUUUGAUUUCCACGAUGACUCUGAAGAACUAGCGAGUGAUAAGCUGUAUGACUGGUGGCAAGACUUGUGCUCCGUGUUCACAACAAACGAGAAGUUGGAAGUCCUGGCUGUGACAGACAGCGUCAUCGAGUCUCCUGUCGUGAAGAUUCUUGCUGAUGCACUGAAACACCCUCAGUGUAAACUACAAAAACUACUCUUGCAGCGUGUGGAUAGCACCUUGUUGAGUGAAGACUUCACCCGUGUUUUGAUUAAGAACCAGCAUCUGAGAUCCUUGGAAAUACGGUGCAUGGAAGUGGAUCGCAAGGCCAUGGAGCUUCUAGGUCUAGCACUGAAAUACCCCCAGUGCCGGCUGCAGUGUCUGAGGUUGGAAGACUGCUGGACCACCCCUAGAAAUCGGAUGGAUCUUACCAGUAAUCUUCAAGGGAACGUACACCUGAAGACGCUAAUGCUAAGGAAAAGUUCCCUGGAGAACUUUGGGGAGCAUAGCCUGUCAAUGGCCUGGCUGGAGAAGCUGUCGCUGGAGAACUGUGACCUCACAGAGCUCACCUGCAAAAGCCUUGUCUCCUGUCUCAGGCGCAGUGAGAGGCUGACCCACCUAAGCUUGGCAGAAAACGCCUUGAAAGACGACGGAGCCAGGCAUAUUUGGAACACCUUAGAACACUUGACGUGUCCUCUACAGAGGCUGGUGCUGAGAAAGUGUGAUUUGACCUCCCGUUGCUGUCAGGAUAUAGCCUCUGUGCUCCCUAAUAGUAAAGCCCUGAGAAGUCUGGACCUGGGUUUGAACAGCCUGGGGGACGACGGGAUCCUCCUGCUCUGCGGGGCCCUGCGGCAUCCCGACUGUAAAUUACAGAUCCUGGAGCUGGAAAAGUGCCUGUUUACCUCCGCCUGCUGCCAGAGUAUGGCCUCCGUGCUCUGCAGCAACAAAACCCUGAGAUAUCUGGAUUUGAGUCAGAAUGACAUCGGAGUCAACGGCAUACUGACCUUGUGUGGGGCCUUCUCGAGCCAAAAGCAGACCGAAGAGGUCAUUUUGGAGAAGAAAGAGAGCGGUGAAGUAGACAUGCUGCCCAGACUGGAGGGCCCGGCCGUGGAAGGGGACUUCCUGAAGAUCGUGCAGGACUGGAACUCCUAG